GGUGGGGGCGGUGCGGGGCAGCGCGGGGCCGGGCCAUCUCCGCGGCCGCCCCAGGUGCACCCCCGCCCCGCGCCGCCCGGGGCCGCCCCGCACCGCCGCACGCAGCCAUGAUGUCCACCUACAAGCGGGCUACGCUGGACGACGAAGACCCCCUGGAUUCCAUCAGCGAAGGCGAUGGGUACCCCAACGGGUUCCAGGUGAAUUUCUCCAGGAGCAGCACGGGGUGCUGGGCCCAGCGCACACGCCCCGAGAAGCAGCUGGUGGCUGUGGUGGCUGUCCUGGCAGCCGUGCUGGGAGCGUGUCUGCUGGGGCUCAUCCUGCAGUACCGAGCCCGGCCGUCCGCCGUGUGCUUGUCAGAGGCCUGCAUCUCUGUCACCAGCUCCAUCCUCAGCUCCCUGGAUCGCACGGUGAACCCCUGCGAGGACUUCUUCAGCUAUGCCUGCGGCGGUUGGGUCAAAGCCAACCCCCUCCCUGAUGGCCACUCACGCUGGGGCACCUUCAACAACCUCUGGGAGCACAACCAGGCUGUCAUGAAGCACCUGCUGGAGAACACCACGGCCAACGUGUCGAGCGAGGCGGAGCGCAAGGCGCAGCGCUACUACCAGGCCUGCAUGAACGAGAGCAAGAUCGAGGAGCUGCGCGCCGCCCCGCUGAUGGAGCUCAUCGCCAAGCUGGGAGGAUGGAACAUCACCGGGCCCUGGGCCGGGGGGGACAACUUCAACGCGACGCUGCGGGAGGUGACGGCGCAUUACCGCAUCUCACCCUUCUUCUCCGUCUACGUCAGCGCCGACUCCAAGAACUCCAACAGCAACGUCAUCCAGGUGGACCAGUCGGGGCUGGGGCUGCCGUCACGGGACUACUACCUGAACAAGACAGAGAAUGAGAAGGUGCUGGCUGGGUACCUGAACUACAUGGUGCAGCUGGGCAUGUUUCUGGGCGGCACCGACGAAGAGUCAACACGGCAACAAAUGCAGCAGAUCUUGGAGUUUGAGACAGCACUGGCCAACAUCACCAUCCCACAGGAGAAACAUCGGGAUGAGGAGGUCAUCUACCACAAGAUGACAGCUGGAGAGCUGAAGGAUCUGGCACCGGCUGUGGACUGGAUGCCCUUCCUCUCCACGGUCUUCUAUCCUGUGGAACUCAAUGAGUCAGAGCCCGUCGUGGUCUAUGCCAAGGAGUACCUGGAGCAGGUCUCCGAUCUCAUCCUGGCCACUGAUAAAUGCCUCCUCAACAACUACAUGAUCUGGAACCUGGUGCGUAAAACCAGCCCCUUCCUUGACCAGCGCUUCCAGGAUGCUGAGGAGAAGUUCAUGGAAGUGAUGUAUGGGACGAAGAAGACCUGCCUGCCGCGCUGGAAGUUCUGCAUCAGCGACACAGACAACAACCUGGGCUUUGCCUUGGGGGCCAUGUUUGUCAAGGCUACCUUCGCCGAGGACAGCAAGCAGGUGGCAGAGGAAAUGAUUGCAGAGAUUAAAACAGCCUUCGAGGAAAGCCUGGAGACCCUGCAGUGGAUGGACGAGGAGACGAGGAAGUCGGCCAAAGAGAAGGCGGAUGCCAUCUACAACAUGAUCGGCUACCCGAAGUUCAUCCUGGACCCCAAGGAGCUGGACAAAGUCUUUAACGAUUACGAUGCCGUGUCCGACCUUUACUUUGAGAAUGUCAUGCAGUUCUACAACUUCUCAGCCAGGGUCACGGCCGACCAGCUCCGGAAACCACCAAACCGGGACCAGUGGAGCAUGACGCCUCCAACAGUCAACGCGUACUACUCUCCUACCAAGAAUGAGAUCGUCUUCCCUGCCGGCAUCCUCCAGGCCCCUUUUUACACCCGCGCCUCUCCCAAGUCACUGAACUUUGGUGGGAUUGGUGUGGUGGUGGGCCAUGAGCUGACACACGCCUUUGAUGACCAAGGUCGGGAAUACGACAAGGACGGCAACCUGCGUCCCUGGUGGAAGAACUCCUCAGUAGAGGCCUUCAAGCGGCAGACAGCAUGCAUGGUGGAGCAGUACAGCAACUACACCAUCAAUGGGGAGGCUGUCAAUGGCAAGCACACCCUUGGGGAGAACAUCGCUGAUAAUGGGGGGCUCAAGGCUGCCUACCGGGCGUAUCAAAACUGGCUGAAAAAGAACGGGGAGGAGGAGACUCUCCCGACCCUCGGCCUCACCAACCACCAGCUCUUCUUCGUCGGCUUCGCGCAGGUGUGGUGCUCGGUUCGCACGCCGGAGAGCUCCCACGAAGGGCUCAUCACCGACCCGCACAGCCCCUCGCGCUUCCGCGUCAUCGGCACUGUCUCCAACUCCUGGGAGUUUGCAGAGCAUUUCAGCUGCCCCCUGGGCUCCCCCAUGAACCCCCCCAAAAAGUGUGAGGUCUGGUGAUGGGCGGGCGUUGGGAUCCGGCCGCGUCGUCCUGUGCCGGCGGCCGAAUUUCCCCAUCCCUUUGAGAGGCUCAGACCACUUAGCGCAGCGAGCUGCCCGGCUCUCACUGGAGCAGCGUCCCCGGUGUCAGCCGAGGUCUGAUGGAUCCACUGUGAAAACUUCUCUUCCCCUCGCUUGUUUGUGAAAUGACUUCGAUGUGGGGAGGUUUCUGUCCCACGUGCCGGGGCGCUGCCCCGUAUUUACACACGCAGCGCUAAGCCUGGCCCUAACAGGAGCCCAAACCCUGAGCCCGGCACCGUCCUCCUCCGAGGCAUCAAGGGAAUGCCGUGGCGCUGGCAGGCUGGGCUGUGUGUCUAAAUACAGCCAGCACAACCUCCUCUCUCCAAAGAUGCGCACACGAGGAUGGUAAAUAUUUUGAGACGUAUUUCAGGGCAGGGGAGGGUGGAGGGGAAAUAUAUAUAUUUUUUUCAUGCAUUUUGGAAUACACUGGAAAAGUUCAGGGAAAAUACAUUUUAAAGCCUUUUUUUUUUUUUUUUUUUUUU